AUGCUCGAACUUGUCAAGGGUACAAGGCUGCCCGAUAAAGAGGAAUAUCCAGGGCUUGGAUCUUCAGCCGGCAUUGGGCUUGAUGUUGUUAAAUGUUUGCAGAGAGAAUGGGCUGUUGACUUUGACUGGCACAAGGAAGAAGCAGAGUUGAACAAAUAUCAUCACUUCACGGCCGAUAUCGAGAAUUUGACAAUUCAUUUUAUCCACGAAAGAUCACGCGAUAAAGCGGCGAUUCCGCUUCUACUUAACCACGGUUGGCCGGGUUCAUUUUUGGAAUUCUUGCCGGUAAUAAACGAUCUGACAGAGAAGGCGACCACUUCGACUGGCAAACCUGUUUCGUUUCACGUAAUUAUCCCAUCGCUGCCUGGAUUCACUUUCUCAUCACCCCCACCAGCCAAUUGGACGGUUGACGACACAGCUCGCGUGUUUCAUACCCUAAUGACCAAGGUUUUGGGCUAUGAGACAUUUGCAACUUUUGGAACCGACUUUGGCGCCGGACCAGCCUACAGUCUCUACGAAAACUUUAAUUCGUCAACGCGUGCCGCACACUUCGCCUUCUUACCAUUUUUCCCGCUGAGCCCAGAUCAAUUGGCAGCACAAAAUAUAACGCUUUCCUCAAAGCUGGAGCAGUCAGAGGAACAAAAUUUUGUAAACUGGGUAACCACGGGGAAUGCAUAUUUUGCUGAACAAGCUACCAAAGUAAGCCAGGCCAACGUACGCAAUUUCAUUUGA